GCGGUGAUAGGUGCUAAGCUACCAGUGUCUGCUGUUCGCUGUUUGCUGUAUUCACGAACAAAACAGCAGUAAACCAGAGAGAAGGAAGGAGGGGAGGGGGAACCAUGGCGAAAAAUGCCGCGAAAAAGCGAAGGAGCGGGACGAGGAAGGUCUCCAAAAAGCUCAAAAACACGUUCAGGUACAAGAAGCCAGACAUCAGCUCUGCGGUCGUGAGGGAACGGUGGGACAGUAACCUGACUGCCGAGACGAACAUGGCCAAGAUGGGUCUAAGGCAGAGCGCAAACAGAGAUAUCCGGGCACCGGCAAGGCGGGCUGCUGCUAGCGCCGCGCCAGGGGGGAAAAUUGUCGAGUCCUGCGAGGUUUCGAGAUUAUUUGACGUCGCGGACACCGCAGACCUGAAGGUGAUCGACCGGAACUAUGGGCGGCGGCCGAUGUCGGACGAGGACCAGCGGUACAUGGCCAAGCUCCUCUCGAAGCACGGUCUCGAUCACGAGGCCAUGGCUCGAGAUAUCAAGGUGAACUACAACCAGCUCACGCUCGGACAGUUACGGCGCAUGUGCGACACGCUCCUGUCCCUCGACGAGGAGCAGCGAGUGGUGACCUUACCCGAACGAGUCGCGAACGAGGCCGCCAAGGCGGCGUCCAGAACGGCAGCUGGCGGUGCCGCCGCCGCUACCGGCACAAGUCCCUGCCAGAGCAGGAGGGUUUCAGUUUCAACACCGGUGGCGAUGGAAGUAGGGGAGGCGUCUGUUGAUGACGGAAAGGAGAAGGCGCAAGAGAACAAAAGCAAGGGCAAAGCUGCGAAAAAGAAGAGAAAAGCUCAGCUGUAGCGAUCAAGGCUCAUUGGGUGUGUAGGUUUCUGCCCGUACAACGGGGUGGCGGCCGGUUCGCCGUGUUGUUUGUUUAUCUCGUUUGAGAGGUGGGGAAUUCAUGCAGUAGCUGUCAACGGGUGCCGUGUGGCGUAUUCAGCAGUGUUGGCAGCGAGGGAACGUUGCAGAGGGAUUGCUGCAGUGUGAGAAGUGGAGUACCGCGUAGUACUAGUUUAUAUGCUUUAGUCGACUGGUAUUCGUAUUCCGUGUUGACCAAAGGUUACCCUCCAGUCAACACGGUCAAAUGAGAAAACCACGACUCAUCCAACUCCACCU